UUUGGAGUAGAGAGUGACAGAUGGCGGCGGGUCCCGGGGGAGCCGGCUCUCCCCCAAUGCAGACGCAUGCCAAUCACCGUCUCUCAUGUGAUAGCUGCUGCCCGUGACGUGCCAAGCCCAUAUGGCCUGGCAUAGAGGCUGGUACCCCGCCUGGUAGAGAUGCCACACUCGCUCCGCGGCUCGCAUGGCGCUCUGAAGACGCCGGCGCCCGCCGCCUUGAGGAACCGCUGCCCCCGCUCCCUGAAGAUGGGGGAACAAUGAAAUAAGCGAGAAGAUUCCUCUUCUCCCCCCUCUCUCUCUUGCCCCCCUCCCCCCUCCCCUCCCCUCUCCCCUUGACUCCUCUCUGAGGCACCAUGCUGACCCGCCUGUUCAGCGAGCCCGGCCUCCUCUCGGACGUGCCCAAGUUCGCCAGCUGGGGCGACGGCGACGACGACGAGCCGAGGAGCGACAAGGGCGACGCGCCGCCGCAGCCUCCUCCUGCUCCAGGGUCAGGGGCUCCAGGACCCGCUCGGGCCGCCAAGCCAGUGUCUCUUCGUGGAGAAGAGGUCCCUGAACCCACGUUGGCUGAGGUCAAGGAGGAAGGAGAGCUGGGCGGCGAGGAGGAGGAGGAAGAGGAGGAGGAGGAAGGACUAGACGAGGCGGAAGGCGAGCGGCCCAAGAAGCGCGGGCCGAAGAAACGCAAGAUGACCAAGGCGCGCCUGGAGCGCUCCAAGCUGCGGCGACAGAAGGCCAACGCGCGGGAGCGCAACCGCAUGCACGACCUGAACGCGGCGCUGGACAACCUGCGCAAGGUGGUGCCCUGCUACUCCAAGACGCAGAAGCUGUCCAAGAUCGAAACGCUGCGCCUGGCCAAGAACUACAUCUGGGCUCUCUCGGAGAUCUUGCGCUCCGGGAAGCGGCCGGAUCUGGUGUCCUACGUGCAGACUCUGUGCAAGGGUCUGUCACAGCCCACCACGAAUCUGGUGGCCGGCUGCCUGCAGCUGAACUCUCGUAACUUCCUCACGGAGCAGGGCGCGGACGGCGCCGGCCGCUUUCACGGCUCGGGUGGCCCGUUCGCCAUGCAUCCGUACCCGUACCCGUGCUCGCGCCUAGCAGGCGCACAGUGCCAGGCGGCCGGCGGCCUGGGCGGAGGCGCGGCGCACGCCCUGCGGACCCACGGCUACUGCGCCGCCUACGAGACGCUGUACGCGGCGGCGGGUGGCGGCGGCGCCAGCCCGGACUACAACAGCUCCGAGUACGAGGGUCCGCUCAGUCCCCCGCUCUGUCUCAACGGCAACUUCUCGCUCAAGCAGGACUCGUCCCCCGAUCACGAGAAGAGCUACCACUACUCUAUGCACUACUCGGCGCUGCCCGGCUCCCGGCCCGCGGGCCACGGGCUGGUCUUCGGCUCGUCGGCCGUGCGCGGGGGCGUCCACUCGGAGAAUCUCUUGUCUUACGAUAUGCACCUUCACCACGAUCGGGGCCCCAUGUACGAGGAGCUCAACGCGUUUUUCCAUAACUGAGACCUCGCGCCGACCUCUCUUUUUCUUUGCCUUUGUCCGGCCCCCUAGCCCCAGCCCCACGAGCUCAGGGGCUCCCACGGACUCCAGCGCCGGGCGCGCGGGGCGCGGGCCGCCGGUUCUGCAGCUCUCCAGAGCGCCGUGGUCUCUUACCUGUGGGUGGCCCGUCCCAGGGGCCUCGUUUGCCUCUGGGGACUCGCCUUCUCUCUCUCCCCAGCGGGCUUCCUCCUCCCUUCUCUCCUGGAGAGCAUCUCUGGGGACCUCCCGCCAGGCCCUCCCAGGAGACUCCCUCCACAUUCCCAAACUUGGGUUUUCUCUCCCCGCCUCCCAGCAGGCCAGAGGCAGUUGGUAAGGGGCUGCUGAGUUUCGGGGAUAGUGUCUCCUCCACUUAUGGUUACUUUAAAAAACAGACACAGAGCUGCCCAGGCCUAAAAGAGUUGGUAUCUCUUCCUUCUCGAAGAGGCCAAAGCCAGGGCGCCCAAACGCCUUCACCCCAACACGAAUCUCCGCGUUUUUUAAUUUUUAUUUUGGUGGGAGGGGAUGUGGAUUGAGAGGAAAGAGAGAGGCCAAGCCAAUUUGUAACUAGAACCAUUUUUCCUUUUCCCUUUUUAAAAAAAAGAAAACAAACAUACAAAAGGAAAAAAAAUAGAAAAAGGAAAAAAAAAAGCUGAGAGGCAACGGAGGCCGAACUCAGAGUCCGGAUCGGAGAGAAAACGCAGUAAGAACUUUUAGAAGCAAUAAAAGGCAAAUAAUAAUAAUAAAAAAUACUACCAAUAAUAAUUUUUAAAAAGACACAAAUAUCUAUGCAAGGAGGUUCUGACUGAGCCUAGCAGCCGGACCCGGGAUGCUCCUCGGGUCCGCUGGCUGCCCCGCCCACGCGCGGAUCUGUGCACUUUGGUGAAGUGGGGGCCCGCACCGCCCCUCCCCCCAGUUUCUUACAAUCAAUGACUCGGAGAUUUGGAACCCCAGUGCCACUGCCCUCCUCCCGCCCUGUCCCGUUGUGCGUCAUACUGUUUUCUAAAAACCUGUUUCCAAAUUUGUAUGGAAUGGCAAACUGUUGGGGGGUUCGGUUUGGGGAGGGAGGGUUUGCAUGAGAGACACCACACACACACACACACACACACACACACACACACACACACACUCACACACACAUACCACACUGCACGCACACGCAGGCCCAGGCCCGCCUACAUGGGCGUCCGGGGACAGAAGGAGGUGUCUACUGGCACCUCCUCUCUACAGGCAGUCUGGUCCGUCCCCUCUUGGGGUAAGGUGGAGGAGCACAGACCUGGGAACAGCCUUACCCUUGCCCAGACUGUGCCUCGGUGGGCGCCAAGCUCCUGGUGAUUUCUGGUGGCUGGAGAGGGUUGUUUUGUUUUGUUUUUUUUUUGGGGGGGGGGAGAUUUUUGUUGUUGCUUUUGUUUGUUGUUUUGUUUUGUGUUUUGGUUCUAGGCUCCGCCUGACUUUUGUUAUCCAGUGAGCUGGGAGAACUGAGGGCUCCUCUGGAGGUUCCCCCGCAAGAGGCAACAGGUGAAGCUCCCCCCACCGGAGGCAGGGAACCAGGCAGCCAAACACACGAUGCAAAAAACGCAAACCCACAGGCGACACACCCCCACCCACGCAAUUUUACCUUCCUCUUGUAGAAGAUGAAACUCCUGUCGGACACCUGAAGUGCAUUGCGUGUUUCUGUUGAGUUUAAUGACGAUUAAUAAAUAUUUAUGUAAAUGAGAUGCAAAGCA